AUGACUGCUAGAAAUGCGAGACUAACAAGCACCGUAACGAUGCUUAUCAUUUCAGCUCCCCUCGAUGUGGGAGCCAUUAAGCAAGUUGAUGCCUGCGAUUAUUACGCUUCGUGGUCCAUUUGGACGGUGGAUAUAGAAAAGGGUCUUGAUAAUAGAUAUGCAAGUAAGACGAGGAGUGUGCUGAGAUAUAACGAAGGAACCCCCGAGUAUAUGCCGAACAUGGACUAUGUAGACUGGGGGGAAAGAAGACAGAACUACAAAAUAAGGUGGAAGCUUAUUGAAUAUGUAUCGAGUGGACCAAGGACAUACCUCGAACGCUCGAUCGCAGCGAAAAGUGGGAGAUCUAGAUAUGGGUCCCUCUUCCGUAUGAGGAUACUCGGCGCGCCCAUAGAGCAGGGAGACAAAGGACCCUCAUCUUGCGAGCUUAAAAUCGAGCCCUCUUAUUUAGCAGACCACCCUCGUGGCAAGGGACGAGCCAUCAUUAGAUGUGUAGCCAGUAACCCUGGUAGGCUGGAUAGUAUAGAUAAAAGUAUUUCGGUUGGCGACUUAAGUAUAGCAAUUCCUGACUUAUGCUUCAAACCCGAUUCAUCAGGGAACCCUGGCUCCAAAUGUGUUAAUAGUGGCGAGCAUACGCAAUGGGCGGUGAUAGCGGCCGAGUGUUUCACUUCCAUCACGUUGAUAGCAGAUCGUUUAAGAAACCCCCCAGGUGCACUUACUGUUGGGUGCGCAUUCCGUGUUUCCGCAAAAGCGGAUCAGGCGAUGGCUGACGAGCAGGAAGUGGGUAUAGAAGCGCCUAUCGGAAACCCUAAGAAACUCAGAUGGGUUUACUCAGCUCCGUGCUCCUUGAAACUGGAGAACUGUGCUUUCUUUCCCGCUUCUCUUUCCGUUCCAUGUCUGUUUGAUCCAAAUGCUUCUGUUAGCCGAACCACGGGUGGCUUCCCUGAUCGACAGCCGUCGGUUCCCAAAAGGGCCGAGCGUUACCUAAACUCAACGAUCAACCUCGGCGGUUCAGGGGAAGGGUACGUGGAAGGCAACAGUCUUAAGUCGUUCACGUCAGCGAGCACAUGGCUUGCAAUGCAUAAAGUUGCGGCUAUUGGAAUAGUUUCCUCAAUGGUUUCUUGA